UAUUUUUGGAUAUUUAUGGUUGUUUAUUUUAUUGAAAAAAAUUAUUUUUAUUUACGUAUAUUUUCUAUUUUUUUUUCUGUUAUUUCAUUUUCUGUUCUACAGUGCUUCUCCCUAAAUGUUGCUAAAACUCUAAUAAAUUUUAUUACCGUAUUUUCUCGAUUACUUCCCCUGGGGAAUUAUUUUUUAACCCUUGGCAUGGGGAAUUAAUCGAGUGGGGGGAAUUAUUCGAGUUUUGGCAUUUCAACGUGCAGUAGGGUAUUUGGGGAUAGGGAAUUAUUGUUUCAGCCCAACUCUAGCAUGGGGAAUUAUUCGAGGGAGAGGAAUUAAUCGAGAAAAUACGGUAUUUUUAAUUUUUGUCCAUAUUUCGUCUAUAUUUUUGUCUAUUUUUCCCUCAUAUUUUGAAAAAUUCCAUCCUUGUCCUAAUGCUUAUUUUUGUGUUUCUUCG